UUCGGGAGUUGUAGUCUCUAAGGUCCCGGGAAGCGUGGGCUGGCGCGGUGCAUGCUGGGAGCUGCGGGAUGAUAAGAGUUCUGGAAGGGAAAGCGAAAGGAAGCAAGAGUCGGAGUGUGGAGCCGUUAUGGCGUCGAGCACCUCGCUGAAGAUCCUCCGGGAGGAGGCCACCUGCCCGAUCUGCCUGGAGUUCUUCAGCCACCCGGUGAUGCUCAUCAAGUGCGGGCACAACUUCUGCAGGGACUGCCUGGACCGCAGCUGGCGCCUGGACUCGAACCCAGCACCCGGCGGCGCAAAGACCAGCCCCAGCAGCGCCAGCAGCAGCAGCAGCCCCUGCCCCGAGUGCCGGCAGCCCUUCCAGCGCAGCCACGUCCGGGUCAACCGCUCCCUGGCCAGCCUGGCCUCCGUGGCCCGGGAGCUGAGCCUGGAACGGCCCCGGGGCAGAGCAGCAGGAGGCGGAGGCCCCGGCGGAGGAGGGAGGGCCGAGUGCCAGCAGCACCAGGAGCCCCUGAAGCUCUUCUGCCAGGAAGACAGGAGCCCCCUCUGCGUCGUCUGCAGGGAGUCCCGCCGGCACCGCGCCCACACCGUCCUCCCCCUCGAGGAGGCCGAGCAGGAGUACAAGGAUUUGAUCCAGAAGCAGAUAGAUAUACUGAGGAAGCAGAAAGAGGAAACGGCAGGAGCCAAAUGGAACAGCAAACUGGAAAGCCACGAUCUGCUGUGGCAGAUAAAUGCCGAAAGGCAAAAGGUAGUGGCGGAAUUUCAGGGGUUGCACCAGCUGGUGGAAGGGAGGAAGCGCCUCCUGUUGGCAAGGCUGGGUGAGCUGGACAAAAAGGUGUCAAAGAUGAGGGAUGAACACAUUGCCAAGCUGUCGAAGGAAUGCACCUCUCUUGAGAACCUCAUCCAGGAGAUGGAGGUGAAGUGCCAACAGCCUGCAACUGAAUUUCUCCAGAACAUCGAGAGUAUGCUGCAGAGAUGUGAGAUGAAGACUCCACAGAAUUCAGUGGCUUUUCCUCCUGAAAUAAGACACCAGAUUGAAGAAUUUUCCAACAUUAACACCUUUCUGCAGCAUGUCAUGAGCGGGUUUCAAGAGUCCUUCCUUUCCGAACACCAGCUCUGGAAAGAGGAUAUAAUCUUGGAUCCAGAUACAGCUCACCCUGACCUCAGCCUUUCCAAAGAUCACAGAAGCGUGAGACUUUUACCCUCCUUGCAGAACCUGCCUGACAACCUGGAGAGAUUUGAUACUUCCACCUGCAUUUUGGCCCGGGAGGGAUUUAUCACAGGGAAACAUUGGUGGGAGGUGGAAGUGGAGGAGAGGGGCAUCUGGGCUGUUGGGGUAGCUGUGUGGUCUGUUAAAAGGAAAGGCCCAGUGAGCUUCUGCCCUGAGGAAGGAAUAUGGGCUGUGGGACAGUUGCGGGGAGGUCACUACCAGGCCCUGGCCACUCCAAAACAUCACCUGCUGCUAACGAGGAAACUCAGGAAGAUCCGAGUUACUAUUGACUAUGAAAAUGAACAGGUAGCUUUCCUUGAUCCUGAAAUGGAGUCUCCCAUUUUUGUGUUUUCAUCAGCCUUAUUCAAGGGAGAAGUAGUUCUCCCUUGGUUCUGGGUUGGGGGUUUGGCAUCCCAGCUCCGUCUCUCUCUCUGAGAUACUCCGAACCUCAGCCAUCCUUUUUGAAAGGCCUCCUUAAACAUAUUUACUAAUUUGGCCAUCUUUCUAGCUGCCAGCAUUCUCUGCUUUGUGGUACUGAAUCCUUCCUUGGACUCUAUGGCAGCACCCAAAAAAUCUUCUACCACUUGAACCCAAAGAAAAAGUGCUUUCCUCCUUCAUCUGACAGGAUGUUGGAACCUAGGCACCGGCUGUUUCUCUUUUGUGGCUUUGCCACAGCAGGAAAAUGGCCAACACGGUGCUUCAGAAUGCCAUUGCUACAAAAGCAGGAUCGUACAUUCAAUUGAAGAAAAAAACUAGAUUCUGCAAGUGAAAAGAAUUUUUGAGUUGCUCAUAUUUGACCUGAGUUGGACCAUAAUAAUGGCCUGUUGUGUUGUAAUGUUCAUGGGUUGUCUUGUACAUUGAACAGCAUCUGCCCUUGACUUCAGUGUAGGAAAUCUCCAUUGAAUAGGCAUCUUCAAUGAUGUUAGGCCAACCAAACUCCAUUCCCUGGUUUGAACCAUUUGGAAAUGACUACUUCCAUUGAAUUAAUGCCCCAAAAGAUGAGUAAUAGUCAAGUAUUGUCUCCUAGAGUGAACAUGGUUGUUAGCUGUCUGAACAAGCCAUCAAAUUUGCAGCAGUUGGCAGACCAAUGGUAUUUCUGUGCCAUUCUUUUUUUUCACUUGCUAAUGAUACAUUGGUCAAAAAUAGAACAACAGAUCAGCCUGUUCUGAUCAAUUCUCUCUUUUUUUCUGAUCAAUUCUCAGUUGUAUUAUUACUAUAUUGUUAUAGCAUAGACUAUCAAACCUGUGCCAAGAAUGUAAGAUAUUGUCUAAAGUUCUCACUCAUAUAAAAUGAGUCCUAUGUAAUCUGUUUAAAACAUUUGAAAGCCUUUUUGAUGAGACCCAGUGCCUGCUUUUCUGGCACACAAAUUGUUAAUACAGUUUGCUUUCCUUCCAUAAACUAUUUGCUGAGAAGGAAUAUACAGAGAAAUUCCUACAAUGAAAAUACAGAGAAUUCCUAACUCAGAUCCCCCCCAAAAUGUGGGAGAAUAAUGGGGUAAAUGCUUAAAACAAAUAGUGACAAAAGUUAAGGAAGCAAAGCAAAAGCAAGGCUACUGGUGAACAUGAAGAAAGCAAAAAUGACCACAGAUGAUUAAAAGAAUUGGUGAUGAA